AUGGAGCAGCGACCUAAUUUUGCUACGUUCCGAAUCAUAAUAUCCGGUGAUACAACGGAAGGGAAACAGGCUUUUUCAAGACGGGAACCGGAUACAUCAUUUGGAAAUCGCCAGGCACAUUACCACGGGAUAACUGUGGAAGUCUGCUACUCACAAAAAAGCCGCCAUAUUACUAAUAUGGAAGAUGGUGAUUGCCUUUGA